GCGGGUGAUUAACGGAUUUGUCUCGUGGGCUUCAUCCCGUGCCAUGGGCCAAUGCAGCGCGUGUGGUCAGACUUCGCGAAAGAACUUUGGUGGAGUCACUGGGGAUGCUCCAACACCAAAGGCACAUGCUCAGCUCACAACGAUGUGGGUGAUCAAGGUUUUCGAGGUCUGCCGGAUGAGAGCCCCAGCACAUUGCCACGAAGAGCUACAAGCAGAAGGCAAGCUGUGUCCACAUGAUCCGUCAUUCUUGACGAUUUUCGUGUCUCACCAAUGGCUUUCUCGGGAUCAUCCUGACCCUCAAGGUCACCAACUUCAAGUAUUGCAAAACGUAUUGGCCAACAUCAUUGAAGGAAUCACGAUGGUUGAAGUGGACUUGCAGGCCCAGUUCAGCGGAUUCCACAGAACUUUGACUCUUGCAGAACGCCAGCAGCUGCAGAACGCAUACAUUUGGAUGGAUUGGUUCUCGGUGCCGCAAGAGAGAAACAGUCGACCUAGCACUGCUGCAAACUCUCCAAUAUAUUCAAGUCCGUCCUUGGAGAGACUGAUGACACUGGAGAGAAAUGGCACAGAAUCCUGGUCUUCAAUUGAUGAGGCCAACAAAUGCAUACAGUCCAUUCCAGCAUAUGUGGAGGCUUGUCAGUUCUUUGUGGCCUUGGUGCCGAGCCUUUCAGAUGAGAGUGGUACCAACUUCAACUACAGCACCUGGCUCCAGCGUGGCUGGUGCAGGGCAGAGAUGUGGUGCAAGAUGCUUUCAGAUGCCAGCGAAAUUCCGAUUGUAGUUGUGACAGAUAGUGACAGGGCCGAAUUUGACCACCCCAUGCUGUGGCUUCGAUCACUUGUUCAUGAAGGAGACUUUGGACUCGAGACCGAUCGAAGGAAGGUGAGCCGCUUCAUUCAAAAAGCUUUGAACUUGAAGCUUCAACGCCUCAAAGCACAGAAGACGGCACAGGCCUUAAAUUCGUACCGAUUCUUUGCCGCGCGUGCGGAUGUCUUUGGUGGACGGGCCCGAGUAGAUGAGAGCAUCGAGGACUUCCUCAAAAGAUGCUCUUUUUCAUCGAUAAAUGAAGCCGUAAAGAUGGACAAGGGCAUGAACGGCUUGGCUUGCGCGGUGUUGGCAGGGCACACCCACGUAAUGCAGGCGCUCUUGGAUGCACGUGCUUCGGUGCACGCAACCUUGCCUUCCGGGAUGAUGGACGUCGACAUCAUCAAAGGCCAAUCUCUGGUGCAUUUGGCGGUGCAAAUGGGCUACCAAGGUGAAGAGGCUUUGGAGUUGCUCUUGAAGAUGCGGGCGGAUCCGAACAACACCUCCAACCAGAUACGAGCACCUGCACUCGGGCACUGCCUCACAGGAAAAGCGGUUGAUCUUUUGGUGGAGCAUGGUGCCAAAGUGAAUCUAUCGAGCAGUAUGGUUGUGGCAACGCCUUUGGAUGCAGCCUGCUAUCGAGCUGCACCUCCUAGUGUGGUGCAGAGACUUCUGGAGCACAAGGCUUAUAUAUCUGCUUCUCAAGGCCGUUGCUUGGAGCCGCUAUGUAUGUUGGUCUUCCAUUCCCAUGGAAAUGCGUAUUGGAAGGAAACCGCAAACCUUCUCAUCGAAGCCCAGGCGGAUCUGAAUGCGCGCAUGAAUAUGGCCGGAGCUCUUGGCUUCAUCCAAGCAUUUUGCCGCUGCUGGGUGGCCAUCUCAUCGAAGGAGCAACCGAUGAUCGUGAAGCUUUGCGCGAAUGGUGACACCACACCUCUAGGCCUUGCUGCCAUUUUGGGCUCUGAAACCAUGGUGGAUUACUUGCUGGAGCAUGGGGCCAAGGUGCAUGCCAAAAACAGCCGGAAGAAAAACGUGCUGCAUUUGGUCUCGACAUCUCGCGUGAAUGACCGCCUAUCAAAGCAUGUUCUUCACUUACGCGAUCUUGGCAGAGGCUUCAACAGGUUCACGAGUGAGGGCGAGCGAGAAUACAUCUCCAGAUUGGCGACGACCCAGACACCCCCUCCGGCAACGGCGAUCAACUACCACGACCGGGGGGUGAUGUCGAUCACCAUCUGAGUUCGCCUAUUCACACAGGUGUGGUCAAACCUGACAAAUGGCCUGAUAGU